AUGAUCCCCAAGCCAAUUCCGAAGCUCGAAAUCGCAAGACCAAUCGAUUUUCAAUCGUACAAGAAAACAAAAAAUCCAAAAAAUCUUAACCGGGUAAAUUUGUUUGAGAUAGCCUCCGAGCAGCCCAUCGCGAACACUUUUCUCCCGUUGACGAGACCACCGGCGAUGGCCCCGCAUACGAACAGCACCGCAUCGAGGAAAGUCGCGAUCCGCUGCAGCCCUAGCGUCGGUGAUCGAUCUCCAGCCGUCCUCGCCGUCGCAGCCGCGAAGAAACGACCGCACCUUGACGGGGAGGCAGAACGCCACCUCUCCGACACCACCCCAAAUCGCCGCCCCCUGAGCCAACGGCGCCCAUUCCCAUCGCCGUCAAUAGCCAAUUUCGGCCAGGGUGAAGAGGGUGAAUUUGAAGAAGAAGAAGAAGAAGAAGAAGAAGAAAUGGAGAUCUGCGAAGGAGGAGAAGUAAAGGAAGAGGAAAGAAAAGUGACGGGAAAUAAGAAGAAAAGAAAGAGGAGGAGGAAAAGAAAAAGGGAAAAGAAAAGAAAAAUAUACAUGAUUGUUCGAGAAAAUCAGAGAGUGCGUGGAAUACAAAGCGCUGUCGAGCCUCCUGUCUCCGAGCAGCCCCAAUUGAAACCCCCAAACCCUAGAACUGUAACGAUGUCGUACAAGAAGUCACAGUGCCGAUUCCAUCAGGGCAUAAGAAGCACGAUGAGGGAAUCGUGA